AUGUUAUUUGAUACAGACACCUACUUUGAGCAAAUGCAAGAUCUAAGAAGGAUCUAACCAUUAAAGCCCCCAAACAACAAAGUGCCUGCAGUCAAUUUGUCUAAACUUUCCUUUGAUAAGAAAAUUGCUCCAAUACUUGAUGUGAGAAUUUGCAAUAAAUUCAUCAUUAGAGACAAAUUCGACUGGGACUUAAUGGAACCCAGACUCAGACCACAAGACUUUGCCGCAGCUUUGUGCAGCCAGCUGCCUGUAUUCAAAACUGACGAGGAAAAGCAAUAGACUAUAGAGAAAAUGACUCAGUCAAUCCUUGAUUAGAUUUAGGCACACAUUGAUAAAAAUACCUUCUUCCCAAGAGUUAGGUUUUGUAGAAAAGAUGAGGAAAUUAUAUCCAAUGAUUAAGUAUGCGUGAACUGUGAUUCGAUAUUAACUAAUAGUGAGUUCUGUAAUCAUUGUGGCCUAUAAUAUGAAAAGAAGCCCGGUCCUUAAGCAGCUCCCGGUACUUAGGUGCCAGCUUCAGUGACUGCAAAGGAAAAUCAAUUAAGUAUGCAAGAGAGUUUUAAAAAGAAUGCCAGUAUUGAUAGCAAGUCAACUCUGAGUAAGAAAUAAUCAGAGAUUCCUAAUGAAGACUCUAAGGAGGUGGCUAAAAAUGAUAAUCAAGAUUUCAAGAUACCUGAUCCAAUUGAGAUAACCAAUAUUAGGUCAAUGAAUCAUUAGAGUAUGGCCUUGAGAUCUAUUGAUGGGGAACAAUAAAUAACUUGGAAAGAUAGAAUAACUGGCGAUUAUGCUUUUUCCGGGAAAGAAAAGAAGAUCUGUAAAAAAUGCAAUGAAGUCAACCCGAGAGGUAUCAAUAGCAGUCUGAAUUCUGACAACUACACUCUUUAUUUUUGGGAUAUGCUUCAUUCAGAACCACUUUUCUCUUCUUUGAAUAAGAUAAAUGACUAUUUGAGUGAAAGUGAUUUCAUCAGUGUCAGAGACCUUUACAAGAAAGUCAAAGAAAUAUUAACUCAACCUAACACUGAAAGACUAUUUGAUAUAACUGAUACUUAAUUGCUUGAGUUGCAUGAUUCUAUUGAUGAAAAGUUUGAGUGGCUUCUAACGGACAAUGAACUAACUGAGAGAAUCUUCAAUGAUGCCACUUCUUAAAAAACCGCUAGAAAAAGAACGAGACAGAUGCAUUAUAAUUUCAAAGAUGCUCAGAGAAUUCAUGAUACAAAGUUGUCUGGUAGGGACAAUAACUUUGAAGAAGAUUAUGAAAGCGCUUAUAAAAGGUAAAACACGGGUUACGAGGCGAAUUCAAGGUUCAAGCAUAGACCGCAUAACUUUGAAUCUACGAAGAUGCAAGCCAUAAUUCAAAACUACAAUCUAUUGAGUCAAAUGGGUUUCUUGGAUUAAAAAGUUAUGCAAAGUGAACCCAUCAACAAGUUAGUCAAUGAAAAAGAGGAGGUUAUCUAGUCUUUGAUUAAGAAAAGAGGCAGACCUAAGAAGUUUGACCUAACUUAUGAAGAUAUGCUUAAUGUUGACAAAUGGGAUGAUUCUAAGUUAGUAUUCUAAACUGGGCUUGUAGGAUUAUAGGGAGCGUAAGAAGAAGAUAAUGAGAAUGGAGGGACUGGAAAUGGCAAAAAAACUUAUGAUGGUAAUGCAGAUGUGUGUGGAAUAUGUCUUAAUCCUGGCAAGUUAAUUUGUUGUGAUGAUUGCCCUUCAGCAUUUCACUCAGAAUGUCUCGGCUAUGAAAAGUAAUGUCCUAGAGGUAAAUGGAAAUGCUAUUUCUGCAAGGUUACAAAAUAUGGUUUGAGAAUGGUUCCUAGGAUGGCUCCAAGUGAAAGACCCGUUUGCGAUGAGCUUGCUGACAACACUCCUACAUGGGAGGAUAAGGCCAUCUAAAUGCUAGAUAUCUUAAGAGAUUAUUAUUGUUUGGGGAUGUUCUUUGACGACUCAAAACUAUCUCAAGAACAGAAGGAUUAGUUAAUUAAGAAGAAGCUAGCUGAAGUUGGAGAAAAUUAAGAAGUUAAGGUUAAAAGCGUUUAGCAACUGUUUAAUGAAGUGGUGGACAAUGAAGCAUAAGAGACUUAUAAGAAUCAUGAAGAAUUCUACAAUGAAUUAAAGAGAAUAUUAAAUAUUUAUGCAAAAGGAUUAGAUAAAAAGGACUUGCUCAGUAUGUGCGCUAAAGCUGCUCUAAUCUUAAUAGAGAAACUUGUGGAGGAGAAUGAGAUUUUUAACUAUAUCAAACCAAAUAAAAAGAUUAGACCUAUGAGAGUUUAAUAGUAAAAACCUUAGAGUAGUAUACCAGCAGUCGGUGUUGCCCUUACAAGAAGUAGAAGAGAACUCAGAAACUCAAAAUAAGAAUAAGGCAAUAAUUAUAAGGAAGAUGAAAGUAACAAUGAGGAUUAUUAACAAAUGUCAGAUCAGCAAGAGCCCGAAUAAAGUAAACAGUCAUCUGAGUCUGAUUUUGAAGUUCAAAUCGAUGAGGAUGAUUCAAUGAGGAAAACUCCGAUUAAAACUAGGACACAGUAAAACUAGAAAUAGGAUGUUAUCUAGAACUAGAGCAAGAAUAGCAAGACUCAAACUCCCAAGAAACCUUAAAUUUCAGAUAUUUAAGCAAACAAUACCCCAAUUAGAAUGACAAGAAAUAGAUUAAAAAGUCUUGGAAGCAAUAACUGA